AGGGUUGGCAGGCGUGGUGUGUGUAAUGGCUGGGUGGCGGGUGACGUGAGGCUGGCUGUGCGAGUGUCAGUACCUCACCAUGGGUCACCACGUCGCCCCGGGGAUCACCAGCCCCGUGAAAAUGGUGGCUAACAUCUUCGUGUCCUUUAUAGGCGCGGGAAUGUUAGGUCUGCCCUUCGCUUACAAAGAGUCUGGCAUCAUGGAGGGGGCGAUCAUCAUGGCGCUGGUGGGGUACCUCAGUGUCUCGGCAAUGCUCAUGCUGGUGGACUGCAAGUAUGCCAUCCUCUCCUCUGGCGGCAGGGCUGGUGGCCGGUCUAUUAUUAUGGAAACUAAGGUCCCCCUCAUCCCACCCGACUCCACAGACGAUGAGGAUGAUGACGAGAGGCACCCUCCCAUCCCCUCCACAGACCUCACCUAUGGGGACGUGGGGUUGUACGCGCUGGGGCCGGGCGGCAAGAGGCUGGUGGAUAUUGCCAUUGUUGUGUCGCAGCUUGGGUUCUGCUGUGGUUACUUGAUCUACCUGUGCAAGAACCUCAAUACAUACGUGUCAGGUGUGUCGCAGCAGCUGUGGCUCCUGUUCCUGCUGCCUCCCCUCUACUUUCUCACCCUGCUGCGCCACCUCAACAAGCUGGCCAUCUUCAGCUUGUUUGCGCAGUUCUCCAAUGUUCUGGCCCUCACUGUGGUCUUUUGGUUCGACUUCUCCCACUCAGAGGAAGUGCCCUUCACCCCCAAGGAGUUCUCCAUCAAGGGCUUCCCAUUCUUCUUUGCUGUGGCCAUCUACUGCUAUGAGGGCGCAGGAAUGAUUCUGUCGCUGGAGGAGUCGAUGGCAGAACACAUGAGGGACAAGUUUCGGUCCAUCUUCGUGUGCACCAUGGGCGGCCUCACCACUCUCUAUAUCUGCUUUGGGGUGUCGGGUUAUGCCUCCUUCGGCCCACACACCAUGGACAUCAUCACCCUCAACCUUCCCCACGGCCAAGGCUCCAUCAUCGACUUUGCUGCAGUGGUCAAGAUUUGCCUGGGUGUGUCACUGUUCUUCACCUACCCUAUGAUGCUGUUCCCAGUCACCCACCUACUGGACAAGUCUCUCGGCUUCACGUCUGCACCUCACAGGGGGAACGUGGUGCGACUGGUGCUGGUGGCGAUGACUGGGCUUGUGGUGAGUGCUGUGCCAAACUUUGCCGUGCUGAUGAGUCUGAUCGGUGCCACCUGCUGUACCCUGCUGGCCUUCAUCCUGCCUGCUGCCUUCCACCUCUCCAUCUUCAGGCAACGGCUGACACGACGGCAGCGCUACUUUGACCUGCUGCUGAUAACCCUGGGUGUGCUGGGCUCUGUGGUGGGCCUGUGGGACGCCUUCGACCGCAUGAGCCAGGCACACGACCCCCUGCUGGCCGUGGAUGAGUUCUCCUCCCACAAGAAUGCCUCUGCCCAUCACCAGACAGUCCCCCCACACCUUGCCGUGUCCCACACCACCACCCCCAUCCUGGCUAAUAUCUCUGAGGCUGUCAAGAAAUAUGGGUUGGAGGGACAGUUGGGGCAGGGGCCCAGCAAGGCUGUGAGUGCUGGCCCCUAUCCCACCACAGCACCAUCCAGUGCGGUACCGCCAUCUCUGGGUGCCAGGGCUGAGGUGCCAAGUGCUAUUGGUUCACAGUCCAUAUCAGGGAAGGCAGUGCCAGUGGGAAAGCCCAGUGCCCUGGCCAGCGCUGCCCUGCCCGAGGCUGUUCCCUCCAGCGGUGACGUGCCUGGCAGUGCUUCACUCAGCAAGGUGGUGUCACGAACUGAGUCGCCACAGAGUGCUGUACUAAGUGGCACUGUGCCUGUCAGUGCAUCAUCCAGCAGCAGUGGAUCCCAAGGUGUGCCGCCUGAUGGCCCUGCAUCCAGUGUGAACCACAGUGCUGGUGUGGCGGUGCCCAAGGUGAUGGCAGCCUCCCCCCUCCCUCCUGUCACUGCCCGGGUGCCCCCAACCUGAGAGCUGCCCCCCCCUAGGCCAUUACAGUGUACAUAGGCUGUAAUAUAUUGUUACAUUUUUGGUGCAAGAAUGGGACAGUUUUGUACAGCCUGGCAUGGGGCAGCGGGGCGGGGCGGGCCCAGCACCCGUUGCAGGGAUGAGGGUGUGGGCAGGGCAGGGCAGGGCAGGUUGGCCAGCAGGGUACCCAGGCAUCCUAUCAAGGCAGGAAUGGGGGCAGAGGGAGGUGAUGGGCAGGUGUGUGUGUGUGUGUGUGUGUGUGUGUGUGUGUGUGUGUGUGUGUGUUCAUCAAAAACCUUAUAUGUCAUAAUAUCCAAAGGUGCCACAAUAACACACACACACACACACACACACACACACACACACACAGAGAGCAGAAGGUUAUACAAACAUAAAUCUAAUCAGACGUUGGAUAAGUGGUGAUGAAAUGAACGUUGUAAUGAUGAGGGUGGGGAUGACGCAGCUGUUGUAUAAUGGUGUCGUGAGGGAGGCUGGUAGUGGCAUUGUCGUUGGUGGUGAGGUAGUGGUGGCAAGUGGUGAUUGCUCCUCCUUGCAGAUUCCUGGUGCUCUCUCUCCCCUCAGUCUUCCCAGAUCAUUAUAUAAAGGCAGUUCAUUAUACAGGACUGCCACAUGUGCUAUAGUGUACUCUGUAAUGUGUAUUUCUCAUUCUGCUUCUUGUGGGAGUGGCAAUAUCUCAGACUGGUUCCUGACCCUCUAUGCUGUUUUAGUUGCAUCUUACAGUAUACAGGCAAUAUACUGUACCUUAUGCCCUGUACCUCAAGGCUGGUUGUCAUCUGCCUCUUACGGUGUACAGGGGGUUAUAUACUGUACCUUAUGCCCUGUACCUCAAGGCUGGUUGUCAUCUGCCUCUUACAGUGUACAGGGGGUUAUAUACUGUACCUUAUGCCCUGUACCUCAAGGCUGGUUGUCAUCUGCCUCUUACGGUGUACAGGGGGUUUUAUACUGUACCUUAUGCCCUGUACCUCAAGGCUGGUUGUCAUCUGCCUCUUACGGUGUACAGGGGGUUAUAUACUGUACCUUAUGCCCUGUACCUCAAGGCUGGUUCUCUCAUUACCCAAGCUAGCUGCACCACAUCUAUCUAUACUCAUAGUGAAAUUUCCAUGGGAGAUUUGAUUUAUAAAAGGAACGUUUUAAAAUUUACACAGAAUGAGGCAGUGCAUGCUGGUUUUUCUCAAGUGUUGCCUCAGUGUGUGGCUGACAAUCCGUGAAAUUCUGUUGAAAGUUCAGUUUGUGAUUUUUGUGCAAAAUUUUUAAAAUUUUGCACUGAAUGAGGCGGUUCACUUUGGUUCUGUUGUGUUGUGUGGUGUCUCUGUGUACGAGAGACAGCCAGCUGAGGAUUAACACUCUCAAUGACGACUGCUUCAACCCACAGAAGCCAGUUAUAUUCCCUGCAGCAUUUCAAACUAAAUAAUCAAUAUCAGGCAACUACAUAUCUCCACAUCGCCAGUCAUGGAUGUUUACAGAGGUCAGCAUGCAUCACUUGACACUGACACCAAACACACAACAGCACGACAGUUUUUGCUUAAUUGGCUGUAGAUGAUCUUAUCGAGUGAAAACAAAGCACAGGCACUGAAAAAUAUGAAACUCCAUUUUGAAACUGUACCUUAAACUUGCUGUAAAUAAUUGGUUCAUACUCAGAUGCCACAGGAAUAAGAGACAAUGUAAAAGUGGUUCAUUAGUCCUUUUUUGUGUCAGGGAGACAGGCUUGGGUAUAAAAGUAAAUAAAUAAGUAAAAUAGAUAAAAGAUUAGAAGAAAACCUGUUCACGUUGCUGUUCUGGAGAAGAAACAGGAGGAAGAGAACAAGAAUAACCAAGAGACAUGGCCAUAUAUGAAGUCUUACUUAAUUUAACCCAUGGAAUUCACUGUACUUUGCGACAUCACUGCUCGGGGCAACUGUACCCUCUCCUCAUCAAUGCUUGGGGUGUUAGCAAGCCAGUCGCUGCAGCUGCUUUGGAAAGAGAAGAUAAAAAUUUGUUUCUCUAUAUUAGAGAGAGAGCGAGAGAAAGCAAAUACAGCUGGUUGUGGUUGUGGUGUAUUGUAAGGUAUUUCUACAGCUAUAUAGUAGGAGUUUAUACUAUACAUGUAUAUAUAUUUUUAAUGGGGUAUAUAAGGGCUGGUUCAUGUUAAGUCUUUGAAGCUUUUUUUGGGGAAACAGAUCGAUUACAGUAUUUUUUUAUUCGGAUUAUUUUGUGGCGUGUCUGUGUUUGCAUUGAAGAGUUUUACUAUUGAUUCCCCAACAGCUGGCUCUGGUCCCUUGGUGCUAGCGGAACACACACACACACACACACACACACACACACACACACACACACACACACACACACACACACACACACACACACACACACACACACACACACACACACACACACACGUUCUUCCCAACAUUCCUUCUCACAUUUCCAAAAGAGUAGAAAGUUUUUACAUUUCCUCAGCUCUUCAGACUCUUCUACCAAGGUUACAAAGCAAAAUGAUAAUAAUAAUAGUAAUAAUAGUAAUAAUACUGAUAAUAAUGCAAAUCACAUUCCUCUCCAAAAAAAAAGAAUUGGUAUUGGUCAUAAUUCUUAAGCUCAAUUUUGCCAUUUCAUUACACUAACAUCUAAUACUACUAAUAAUAAAAGUAAUAAUCUCUAUACAGUUUUAAUCAUAUGUACAGUAAUGAUUUUCUUCCUCGGUUUGUUCGAUGUACGCAUGUUUUUACUUUCCCUCCACCUCCCCUUGCAGCAUUUUGGAUGGUUCAAAACAGGUACAUCACAUUCCACCCUGUUUCUGUUUUGCCACUUGUCAGCUUCUCUGGUGCUAACAUUUAUGCACGCUCUGCUGGGGCUUGUACUCUGAGACACUUUGCUCUCUCAUAACGACUGUGUUCAAAGGCCACUGAUAGUUAGCCUUUUUCUCAUGGGGGUUUCUUUCCACUGAUGACACAAUAUUUAAUCUCUCAUUAUAAUCUUGAAAACCAUGAAAACUUCCACUAAACUUUGUAAAACUACUGCUAGAAUUAUAAAAAAAUGUAAUAACUUCCACUAGAUUCUCCUGAGAAUAUCAAUAACUUCUCCAAGAGACUCUUAAACUUUUACUGAAAUCAAGAAAACACCCUUAAAACCUCAAUAACUUCCACUACUCCCUGUAAAGCAACCCCCAGCAUCAUGAAAACUCCAGUAACUUCCACUACACCAUCUUAACAUAUCACCGGCAUCUUGAAAACCUAAAAUAACUUCCACUAGACUCUCUCAACAUAUCACCAGCAUCAUGAAAGCACUGGAGGCUGUUGAAGGCAGUCGAGAUGGGACACCAAAGCGUUUGUGAAUACUGCCCUUGAUCUUUCCUCGCCUCAUGUUCUUGUUGUUCAGGUUAGAGAAAGCUUUAUCAGGUAGAGAGUUUUCCAGUGUUCCAGGCCAUUGUUGAGUGCUGCUGAGAGAGAGAGAGAAAGAGAAAGAAAGAGAAAGAAUGUUGUUCCUCUACUAAGGUUUGGUGGUGUUACAUAUGGUGAUCAUAGCCGUAGUGAUGCUAUUUAUAAUAUCAAUAGUAUAUAUAUAUUUUUAUUAAUUCUAUAUGGGUAUAUUUUGCUCGGAAGAUGAAGCUCUAAAUGCAAUACUGAUAAUUUACCGUGUGACUGGCGUGUGUGUGUGUGUGUGUGUGUGAGUGUGACUGUUCAGCUCUCUUAUCUAAUUUAGCACUACUUUAUCAUUCAUUCAAAAGUAAUAGUGAAUAUUUUUGGUGAAUUUUGUUAUUUUGUUAAGUUCUGAGUAGUGGUGAUGGAUAAACAAAUAUUUUCUUUCCUCAAAAUUUUUGUCUCCCAAAGUUGAUAAAAAAUAAUCAAGCUUUUUUUUUUAUUUACUUGUGCAAAUUUUAGUGGUUGUGCUUAAUUUAGUUUACCUCAAUUUUUGUAUAAUUUUUUAUGCUCAUUUUAUCUUUCAAUCAUUUUCAUUUUCAAGUACAAGUGCAAUUUUUGUUGUUAUUCAGUUUAAUCUUGAACAUCUAUUUAUUCAGCAUUAUUCACUGGCCAUGUGCAAUCUCUUGAGUCCCUUUCUUGUAUACAUAUCUAUCAAGUGCAAUGUAUUUCUUCUACAUCUCUGAUUCAGUUUGAGGUGUCCCCAUUUCAUGUCCGGUUAUGAUAAUUUUGGUGCAGUCGUAUCCACCGUUAUGGUUUUUCUCGCAGGCAACUUUCUAUUAUUACCAAGAUACAAAUUCACCUUCAUUCUUCUCUGUGGACCAUUGCAUGUUUCCCAGGCAAGCAGUGUGCUCAUGAAUUUUAAUUUACAGUAUUCUAAUAGUUUUUUUUAUUCUUAGUUUUAGUAUUUAUCAAUAUAUUACACAUUUCUUCCUAUUUUACAUUUGGAGUAAUUCCUAUUUUUGUAUCAUACUUUAUAUUUCAGUACAUGUAUUACAGUACAUCAGAACCUUUUAAUGAUCUAAUACAGCUUUCUUAUUCUUAUAUUUUAUUUCAUUCCAGAUAUUACAGUACAUAUUUACUUGCGAUUUUUCCUCUUUUCUUCCUUUAUUUUUAAACAUCAGCCCAAUUCGUUGUGAAUUAAAUAUAUGACAAUAUUUUUAACUGCUACUUAUCAGAGGCAGCCUAGUAAGCAUUAGUCUGGGCAAGAUUUAACAAACGCUUAUGAUGACUUCCGUGUGAAAGAAUGAGAGAGAGAGAGAGAGAGAGAGAGAGAGAGAGAGAGAGAGAGAGAGAGAGAGAGAGAGGGAAGCUGUACUGUGUCCUGUUCCCAUGUUAAUAAAUAUAAUGUAUUUUGGACAAACUG